CAUGGGUAGUUUAAACGUAAAUCGUAAUGUUAGCGAUGCUUUCUAUCGUUACAAAAUGCCCCGCAUCCAAGCUAAAGUCGAGGGCAAAGGCAAUGGAAUUAAAACCGUGAUUGUCAAUAUGAUUGAUGUCGCAAAAGCUAUUGGAAGACCGGCGACUUAUCCAACAAAAUAUUUUGGCUGUGAAUUGGGUGCACAAACGCAAUUUGAUUUUAAGAAUGAACGUUUCAUUGUCAAUGGCUCGCACGAGGCAGCUAAAUUACAGGAUCUGCUUGACGGUUUCAUAAGAAAAUAUGUACUGUGUCCAGCUUGUGAUAAUCCGGAGACAGAAUUGAUUGUCAGCGCUAAGAAGGGAACGAUAUCGCAGGGUUGCAAAGCUUGCGGACAUCAUGGUUUACUUGAGAGCAACCACAAAUUAAAUACUUACAUUCUGAAAAAUCCGCCUAGUCUUAAUCCCGCAGCUCAGGGCAGUUCUUUGACUGAAGGUAAACGCGGCAAACGUUCCAAGAAAGUUAACGGCGAUUCUAAUGGCGAUCGUUCUGGUUCACCGGACAAUGACACCAGCACCACUGAUAUUGUUGUCGAGGCACCGGAGAUAAUCGCUGAGGACAAAAAAGUCGAUGAUGUGGCCGACGUUAAAUGGGCCGUCGAUGUUUCGGAGGAAGCGGUCCGUGCACGGCUCCAGGAUCUGACCGAAGGCGCCAAGGGGAUGACCAUCAGCGAGGAUCUUGAGAAAAGCGAGAAAGAGCGCAUGGAUAUUUUUUACAAACUUGUUAAAACACGUCGCGAUGCUGGACAACUUGAUAAUCACAAGGAGCUCGUCAGCGAGGCUGAUCGACUUGAAAUAAAGACCAAGGCACCGCUAGUACUUGCUGAGCUGUUGUUCGACCAAGGGAUUGCUGCUCAAGUUAAGAAGCACCGCGUACUCUUGCUACGUUUCACUCAUGAUGAUAUAAAAGCACAAAAAUAUUUGAUUCGUGGUAUUGAACAGGUGAUUGCUUUACACAAGGACGCACUUAUGAAUAAAGUCCCUGGUAUUCUCAAGCUUUUUUACGACAAUGAUAUCCUAGAAGAGAAAGCUUUGUUCGAAUGGGCGAGCAAAGUAAGUAAGAAGUACGUUUCGAAAGAUCUGUCACAGGAAAUUCACGACAAAGCAGCACCAUUUAUUACCUGGCUCAAGGAAGCUGAGGAAGAGGAAUCAGAGUCUGAGGAAGAGGAUGAGGAUGAUGAUUUAGAGAUCGAGUAUGAUGACCGAGCCAAGCAGCCGCUCAAACAGCAACAACAGCAGAAUCAAAAAGCUCCACCCAAACCUGUGGUAGAUGAUUCCGAUGAAGAAAAUGACGUUGACAUCGAUGCCAUUUAAAAAAAAAUGAUAAUUAUUGAUAAUACACUCAAUGAAUUUUUACACCGGCUAAUUAAUUGAAACCAAUUAAAAUAAUAAUUAUAAACACUAAAAAUUCAACUUUUACUUUACCUCAGAACUCAAUGGACACAAAACUUAUUACCGAAAGUUCUCAUUAUGAAUUAAAAAAAAUCUUUUUAGUCAUUUUUAUGUUAAACCUUUUUUUUUUUUUUAAUAUUAUUAAUUUUCUUAUUGAGAUAAAUGCAUAAUAAACAUUACCUGCAUUGUCUUGACACCCAGUCCUUUUAAUUUAAAAUGAAAAAUUGAUUAAUAAUUUUUAUUUUCAAUUGAUUUACAUAUUACUAUAAAUUGUUUAUUAUUAAGGCCGUUUUUCAUUGUAUCUAUUAAAAUAUUAUGAUUAUUAAAUAAAAAUAUGGUUUAUUGCAAAUA